UAGCCGGAUCGUGGAAGCGGCCGGGGGUCAGGGCCACGCCCUAGUCCCAGAGCUAUUGGCUGUGGCUGCUUGGAUUCCCUCCAGUGAUUGGUUUCCCUUAGAGUCCCGCCUCUCGCUCAAGGCUACUGGUUAUUACUCGGCUGGGCGUCCCAAACUGUUGGCUCUCCCCAGAACCUCUCCUGCCCUAUUGGACGCCAUCGACCGCUGUAACUCAGACUACUGGCUGUCCGUCCUCCAGGGGCAAAGGCGAGAUCUGGCUUGGGGUCAGAGGUCAGGGGUCAUAGAAAGAUUGGGCCGAGGCUAUGAAGUCGGCCAGGUCUGGAGGAUGCGGGUAGAGUACAGUCGGGCUGAGAUGUAGGGGUCAGGGGAAUGACCUCCAGCCUAUGAUUAUGGGCUGGGGCCAGAUUUGUGGAGUUAGGGGUUUCAGCCAAAGGUCAAAACGAAGCACGUCCCGUUACCCCCUCUCUACUGGGUCAUUCCCACCCGCAUACGGGCUGGCUCCCAUCUUAAAAGCAGGAUAUAAACAAAAAAUCCCCUUCCUUUAGUGACAGAAUUGGCAUGACACCAUUUUGCAGCCCUAUUGGACUAUUGGUGGAUAUAGACAGAGACUAAACAGCUCCUAACGUCUUGAAAAGAGGGGAACUGGAUUUAAUGUGCCUCCUGCUAGCAGAUCACUUGCCAAAAAGCAGAACCUGACUCCCAUCACACUUGUCUAGAUUCAUACACUGGAAAUAUCAAGGACAGGACCCAAUCAACAAAAACCAGAAAGUGGGAAAGUCCACAGGACAAAGGACCCUGCUUCUCCAACAAGUGAAUUUCAAGGAAAGAGAAGAAAAAUAGGGAGAGAUUGAGAAAUUAACGGGAAACCUGCAGUUACAGGACACUUAGAGACCUAUCCACCAGUGGUGAUGUAUGGACCUUAGUUUGAUUCUGAUUGGAACAAACUAAAAAAUAGACAACGGGGGAAAUUUGGACAUCGGCUGAAUUUUCACCCGUGUUCAGCAAUGUCACCUUCUUCAUCUUUGGACCUCUCAUGAUGUUUCUGAUGCACCCAUAUGCCCAGAAACGCUCCCACUACGUCUACGUCGUCUGCACCCUCUUCAUGAUCAUAGGCCUUUUCUCCAUGUACUUUCACAUGACGCUCAGCUUCCUGGGCCAGAUGCUGGACGAGAUCGCUAUUCUGUGGCUGCUGGCCAGUGGCUACAGCAUAUGGAUGCCCCGCUGCUACUUUCCUGCCUUCCUUGGGGAGAGCAGGUCCCAGUUCAUUUGCCUGGUCAUCACUGCCACUGUGGUCAGUACCUUCCUGUCCUUCCUGAGGCCCACGAUCAACGCGUACGCCCUCAACAUCAUCUCCCUGCACAUCGUCUACAUUGUGUUCCAGGAAUACAAGAAGACCAGAAACAAGGAGCUUCGGCAUGUAAUUGAGGUCUCUGUGAUUUUCUGGGCUUUUGCAUUGACCAGCUGGGUCAGCGACCGCUUGCUUUGCAGUUUCUGGCAGUGGAUUAAUUUCUCCUACCUGCACAGCAUCUGGCACGUGCUCAUCAGCAUCACCUUCCCCUAUGGCAUGGUCACCAUGGCCUUGGUGGACGCCAGGUACGAGAUGCCACAUGAAACUCUCAAAAUCCGAUACUGGCCUCGGGACACUUGGCCAGUGGGGCUGCCCUACUUGGAGGUCACUGAUGACGAGAAGAGCUGCUGAGAUCUGCCAGCCUCUUACUACCCAACCACCUGCGUGAUUUUGUUUUUGUUUUUGUUUUCAGGACCACACCCACGGUGUAUGGAA